AUGGACAAGAUGAACCGAGAACUCCAGCUACAGGAUGGAAUCACCUCCCUUAACCCCAAGGACCAACAAACACAGGAACUCCGAGCUUCCCGGAAAACAGCAGCCGAUAUGUACCUUUCAGGGGCAUCACUCGAAGACAUUCACAAAGCCCUCGAACCCAAGACUUUGAUCGAUCCUGCAACAAAAGUGCCCCAACACUACCAUGAAUUCCUGAAGGCAUUCGACCAAUCAGAGGCGGAUAAGCUCCCCCCACACCGAGACUGCGACCACGAAAUUGAACUUCAACCUGGAACGACUCCACCACAUGGACCUCUGUACGGGAUGUCCCAAGAUGAACUUCUCGUCCUCCGGAAAUUCCUUCAGGAAAACCUUGACAAGGGUUUUAUACGCGCUAGCACCUCACCGGCAGCCUCGCCGGUGUUAUUUGCAAAGAAACCAGGAGGGGGCCUUCGUUUUUGCGUGGACUACCGAGCUCUUAACGCGAUAACCAUCAAGAACAGUUACCCCCUACCGUUGAUCCAGGAGACCCUUUGUCGCAUUCAGGAUGCGUAUAAUGAAAUGCGCGGUUGA